AUGGAGCAAUUUCUGCUGCAUGGGACCCUCCACGCGACGAUCUAUGAGGUGGAUAAGCUUAAGCAUGGUGGUAGCAAUAUAUUAACAAAGCUUGUACAGAACAUCGAGGAGACCGUUGGUAUUGGAAAAGGAGUUACUAAACUAUAUGCAACCAUUGAUUUAGAGAAAGCACGUGUGGGAAGAACCAGAAUCAUAGAAAAGGAGAUUUCCAAUCCUAGAUGGUAUGAAUCCUUUCACAUAUACUGUGCCCACAUGGCAUCAAAUGUUAUAUUCACUGUGAAAGAUGAUAAUCCUAUUGGGGCAACCUUGAUUGGAAGGGCAUACAUGCCUGUUGCGGAGAUCUUGGAUGGCAAGGAAAUAGAUAGAUGGGUCGAAAUAUUAGAUGAGCAUAAAAAACCAAUACAUGGACAUUCCAAGAUUCAUGUGAAGUUGCAAUAUUUUGAUGUUUCAAAAGACCGCAGCUGGGGUAAAGGCAUUAGAAGUCCUAAAUUCCCUGGAGUUCCUUAUACUUACUUCUCACAAAGACAAGGAUGUAAGGUUUCUCUAUACCAAGAUGCUCAUGUUCCUGACAACUUUGUCCCUAAAAUACCACUUGGUGGAGGCCAAACUUACAAACCUCAUAGAUGUUGGGAGGAUGUCUUUGAUGCUAUCAAUGAUGCAAAACACUUAAUAUACAUUACUGGAUGGUCUGUUUACACUGAGAUUACAUUGGUAAGGGAUUCUAGGAGGCCUAAAGCUGGAGGAGAUUCAACACUUGGUGAGCUUCUCAAGAAAAAAGCACGUGAUGGUGUAAGGGUUUUGAUGCUUGUUUGGGAUGAUAGAACAUCGGUUCCUUUGCUAAGAAAAGAUGGUUUGAUGGCUACUCAUGAUGAAGACACCGGGAAUUAUUUCUAUGACACUGAAGUGCACUGUGUUUUAUGCCCUCGCAAUCCUGAUGAUGGUGAAAGUGUUGUUCAAGAUAUAGAAAUUUCUGCCAUGUUUACUCAUCAUCAGAAAAUAGUGGUGGUGGACAGUGCUUUGCCAAAUGGAAAAUCAUAUAAGCGAAGAAUUGUGAGCUUUGUAGGGGGUAUUGAUCUUUGUGAUGGAAGAUAUGAUACACAGUUUCAUUCACUUUUCAGAACCUUGGACACAGCACAUCAUAAUGAUUUUCAUCAACCUAACUUUCCUGGUACUUCAAUAAAAAAAGGUGGUCCAAGGGAACCUUGGCAUGACAUCCAUUCUAGGCUUGAAGGACCCAUUGCAUGGGAUGUUUUGUUCAACUUUGAGCAAAGAUGGAGGAAGCAAGGUGGCAAGGACUUACUUAUUCCAUUGAAAGACCUUGAAGAUGUCAUCAUUCCCCCAUCCCCAGUAACUUACCCUGAUGAUCAUGAGACAUGGAACGUUCAGUUAUUUAGAUCUAUUGAUGGUGGGGCUGCUUUUGGGUUCCCAGAGACUCCUGAAGAAGCUACCAAAGCUGGGCUAAUUAGUGGGAAAGAUAACGUAAUAGAUCGUGGUGUUCAAGAUGCUUAUAUUAAUGCUAUUAGACGUGCCAAGAAUUUCAUUUAUAUUGAAAACCAAUAUUUCCUUGGAAGUUGUUAUGCUUGGAGUGAUGAUGGUAUUAAACCUGAAGACAUUGGUGCUUUGCAUCUGAUCCCAAAGGAACUUUCACUUAAGAUUGUUAGUAAGAUUGAAGCUGGAGAAAGGUUCAGUGUGUAUAUUGUGGUUCCAAUGUGGCCAGAGGGUUACCCAGAAAAAGGAUCAGUUCAGGCAAUAUUGGACUGGCAAAGGAGAACCAUGGACAUGAUGUACAAGGAUGUUGUUGAAGCACUCAAAGCCAAGGGAAUUCAGGAAGAUCCUCGAAACUAUUUGACAUUCUUCUGCCUUGGUAAUCGAGAGGUGAAGAAACAAGGAGAGUAUGAGCCCUCAGAAAGACCAGAACCUAAUUCAGAUUAUAUGAGAGCCCAAGAGUCUCGACGCUUCAUGAUUUAUGUUCAUGCCAAGAUGAUGAUAGUUGAUGAUGAAUACAUAAUCAUUGGGUCUGCCAACAUCAACCAAAGAUCAAUGGAUGGUGGAAGAGACUCUGAGGUUGCAAUGGGAGCUUAUCAACCCUAUCAUUUGGCUACCAAGCAGCCUGCAAGGAAUCAGAUUCAUGGUUUUCGUAUGUCAUUGUGGUACGAGCACCUUGGCUUGCUUCAUGAUUCCUUCCUCAAACCUGAAAGUGAAGAAUGCAUAAAGAAGGUGAAUGACAUUGCUGACAAAUAUUGGGAUCUCUAUACUACUGAGCCACUUGAGCAUGAUCUUCCUGGGCACUUGCUUCGCUAUCCUGUUGCCAUUUCCAGCGAAGGAACUGUGACACAGUUGGAAGGAUUUGAAUUAUUCCCUGACACUAAGGCUCCUAUUCUUGGGGGCAAAUCUGAUUUCAUGCCACCUAUCCUUACUACUUAGUUUCAUGUUAGUACUUUGCUCACAUUCACAUAACAUACUACUUUGUAUAUUACUGUGUUUGAGUGAACAAUCUCAUAUAUAUUAGUAAUGAUCUCAUGCAGAUGUUUUCAUUUUCUUAUCAACAAUUCAAGUGCAGAUGUUUGCUUUUUCUUAUCAACAA